CCUCAGCGGAUUACAUCCCGAUCUACAACAGCCAUAAAUACAACAUCUUUUCCAAUGGGUCGCUACAAAUCCAUCGAGUUAGUGACCGUGAAAAAGGGUUCUACAUUUGCGAAGCUAAUAAUGGCAUUGGCACAGACCUCAGAAAACUUAUAUAUCUUACUGUUCAUCACAAACCAAGGUUCGACAUUAAGUUUAAGUCCCAUGCCGCCAAAAAAGAAGACAGAGUAGUGUUAAGAGUUGCUGCUAGAGGAGACCUACCUAUUCAGUUUGCUUGGAAGAAAGAUGAAGUGAAACUUGAGAAUGAUACAAGAUAUUUGUUAAAAACAAUAGAAAGCCAGAGUUCGUCACAUGAGUCGAUGCUUAUAAUUAAACAAGCAGUUCGGGAAGACUCUGGGGUUUAUGUGUGCAGUGCUAUUAAUAACUACGGAAAGGACGAAACAAGGCUGCAACUACUGAUUCAAGAGGCACCGGGUCCUCCUCUCAAUAUCACAGUGACCAAUAUUUCCGCAAGGACGUCCUCUUUGACGUGGACUGAGCCGUUUAACGGGAACAGUGCCAUCUUACGGUAUCUAAUUACAUACUACAGAAUUGAUGAUGGACAAGAAAACUCUAACUUAAACGUUUCAGUAGACGGAACAGUGACGACAACUGUUAUUCGUAGACUACAACCUGCUACCCUCUAUAGAGCAAGUAUUAGAGCUCAAAACGGUUUCGGUUGGAGCAAUGUCAGCAACUUUGUGGAGUUCACGACAGCUGAAGAAGCACCAAGUGGACCACCAGAGGCCGUAAAAGGUGCAGCAACAGGUCCAAACUCUGUGAAGGUGUCAUGGAAGCCACCAGAACAUAAGGAUUGGAACGGGAAAAUCCGAGGUUAUUACGUCGGUUACCGACCAGUGGGAGCUGACAACUUGUAUCGGUACAAGAAAAUUGACAUCACCGACUUAAAUACAGAAGAGGAAAUUCAUCUAACCAACCUCCAGAGGUCGACUGUGUAUCUUGUAUCUGUUCAGGCGUUCAACACAGAGGGCGUCGGACCUCGUUCGGACGAAGUUGAGGUCAAAACUCUAGAAGAUGUUCCACCUACUGCGCCGGAUGUCAAGGUUAUGUCUUCCACAACAUCUUCCGUUACACUUGGAUGGUCACAAAAAGCAACUUUCGGCAAAGCUGUAACAGAUUAUGUUCUCCAUUCUCGCAUAAACAAAGAUCCUUGGGAGGAAACUUCCGUUAAAACAAACAACAAGCAGUACACGGUAACUAACUUGAAGUGUGGCACCAACUAUCAGUUCUUUUUCACCGCCCACAACAGCGUCGGCAAAAGUGAACCGAGCAACGUGGUCCAUGCCCGAACAGACGGAGCAGCACCAUUAUCUCCUAAUUAUGAAGAAUUUGUCAGUAUUCAACAAACGCAGGCUAUUCUGCACUUAUCCAAAUGGCAAAAUGGCGGCUGUCCAAUCUUAUCCUUUACCGUCCGACUUAGAGAAAAGUUCCACACCAGGUGGCGGACAGUAGCAGAUAAAAUUCCAGCGAACAAACCCAAUUUUGUUAUUUCGCACAUACUUCCAUCAACAUGGUAUAAAGUCCUAGUGAUAGCACGAAGCUCUGCAGGGGCGACAGAGGCUACAUACGACUUUAAAACCCACAAUUUAACACGAGAUGUGAUCAUUCACGAGGAAGCGACAGUCACUAGGUCACCAUCGUCAACAUCUUUGAUUACAGACUUGGAGAUCUUAAUACCUGUAAUUGUGUCGAGUUUCGUCGUCCUUGUCGUUCUUGUUGUCGGCUGUGUCUUAUGUUUCAGAGAACAAAACACACGGAAUAGAACUGGAGGCAUGCCUCACAGACCCACGGGAAAAUUGUUGCAAGACACCGUCCAACUAAAGGAACUGGGAAGUCCGCCUGCUUUGGACACCGUGUCCAGCGAAGAGGGAACUCAGCGGUCAUCAUCCCAGUCUCAGUCAACGAACCACUAUCCAGGUGGUCAGUCUGUGUAUAGCCAUCGGCCAGAGGAGGGCCAUCCAUAUGCCACUCCAUAUGAUACACUCCCAGUGCCACCUGUCGGAGAUUCCCAACAACAGCCAUCUUCAUCCAGCAUUCACACUAUCAAUAGAAGAGGAUUAGACAAGCGAGUCAAUAAUAUAUACUACAGUAGGCAGGAAGGCUUUUCAAACAGAUUAGCCCCUUCAACUUCUGAAGAAGGCCUCAAUCAAAUCAAGACUUUCAAACCCACCAGGUGGCUCCUGCCUAAUGAACAUCACAUAUUUACCAAAGAAGCAAAAUAAUGCAUUUGAAAAUGCAAAUUAGACCUAACCUUAAUUAAGCUUACAUCAUGCCUACUAAUGCAAUUUUAUGUUCUGUGGUGCAUAUAUGUGGAUGUCUUUCUCAUUUCAGACCAGGCUUUUUCUGUCUACAGAUGAAAAAACCCAAACCUUUAUAUUGUGCACAUUCAUCUAAUGUACAAUUUAUGUCGUGUAACACUUUUGAAUUUUGGAAAACUAUAGAGUAAUAUGUCAAUGAAUCUUUUACUGGUACCUACAUUGCUUCCUUGGAAGGUAUUUGUAUGGUUAAGACUCUAUAAUAUUAUAAUAAAAAAGUGGGUUUUGCUCAUUUGUUUUUUUUUAAACUAAUGAUAUUUUGUAAAUAUUUUGAUUAUGAUAAUAUAUAGCUAUCCCAGUAUAAAUUUAAAGGUAUUGUUUAAAGUUCACUAGUAAUCAGUAUACAGCUAUUGUUAUUAGCAAAAGUAAUGAAUCUCAAAUUAAUACAAAUUUCUGGGACCAGAAGCAUGAUGUUCUCUCUGCUUUAUCAUUUCAGGUAGUUAUGAAAUAUGUAACAAAACCAUUUUUAUCAAAUAGAACAAUUACUGUUACUGUAAUGGAUUAGAAAUAUGAAUGUUUUUGUUUAAAACAACAUACAGUUUAAAUAAUAAUAACAGCAACAUUUUUUUCUUCCUUUAUUUCCAGUUCCAGGAAACAUUUACAAAGCUUCAAAAUAAAUCCUAAAUGUCAUCUACACUUGUGUUAAAGUAGAUGUAACACAUACUUACCACGCAGCACUGAUAUUUUUAUUGACCGUUAUACUCCAUUUUGGCCAAUUACUGCAAUCAGUUUAAAAUAACAACAACAACAAAAAAAAACCUUCUACAAGUUCCAGUUCUCUCAAAAUCUUUUAUAAACUAACAUUAAUUAGGUAGGUAGCACCAUCAUUGAGGAUACUGAAGUUUUAAAAACUCCAUUGUGCAAGUUAUUUAAUACAUAUCAAUUGACUUGGAUCGUUCUUUACCUUUCUCACCAUGCAUUAAAUUAGCUCAAUACACUGAAGCUUAGCUAGUAAUGACAGUAAUACUGGAAGUUUUGGUACCAAUGUAGUAAAAUCAAAUGUUUUCAAUUACCAAUUCUUCAGAUAGCACUUUCCAUUUAGCACCUUAGUGUAACUGUCAUCCAAAGUUAUAACAUUUUGCUAAUUUAGUUUGUGAAGUAUGAAACAAACUGUGGCAACAUGCUGAAUACUAAAAAUACUUAAGAGACCAAUAUAUUUGGUCCUUUUAAGUUCACAUUUACGUUUCAUGUUAUACUCAAGGAAAAAAAAGUUGCCCCAUGUCCAAAAAGUGGUUUUUAUUUAUUACUUGCUAUUCCUCAGAAGAGAAGAAUUAUGUAGAUCUAUUCAUACUGGAUCGUGCUUAUGUUAUAAAUCGGUCACAUAAACAGCAGUAUAGUUCAUGAAGACAGUUAGUAUGCACUUGUCUAUAAAUGUAUGUUUUUAAUAAUAUCUAGUUUAUGCACUUGAAUGCUUAUAAUUAUAAUAAUUUAAUGUAUUGAUAUACUCUUUGGAACUAAAUAACAAUGAACUGUUGCUUUUGCAAAUAAAAAUGUUGAAAAAAUUGUAUAUAAUGUUUCACAUAAUUUUUUAAAUUAUAAUUAUGCUUAUAAAAAAAUUAAUUUGGCAUUGCUGGAAUAGCAUAUAGAUUUAGAACUAACACAAGUUUUCGAAGAUGGCCAAACCUCUUGAUCUUAUUGGGAUUAUGGCUUAAAAUACGGCUAACAAGUGUACCCAACUGAUGAUUGCAAAUGUGUAAUGUAAAGCACACAUACCUACUUCUGUAUGAUUUGCUGAAUUCCACAUUACACAAAACCUUCUAGUUAAUCUAAACAGUGACACUAUACAUAUUAUAUAUAUGUAUGUAUGUGUGAAUACAAUUAUUCAAGUUUCUUGCUUAUUUACAAAAUUUUGUUUCUUACUAUUGUCCAAAAUUCACUUGUAAAUCAUUCAUUAUUUUAACCAUGUAUCUCAGAAAUGAGCAUGACUAGAAGAAAUAAGACCAUAUGUUGUACUUACAGCACUACAUUCAACCUAUGUUAAUGACAAGAUUGUCUUCACCAAGUUGUAUACUGUGUUAAAAUCAUUAACAAUUUUCUGAAAACAAACAAACAAGAGGGGAAUCCUCAAUAACCACAGCACUUGAAAUUCUUUUAGGCAGGAUUAGAGUAAAUUAAUCUAUCAGACCUUUUUUUCCUUUUUAUUAGCUAUAUUUUUGUGCACCAGCAAUACCAAGCGAGGGGCACUUGUACACCUGAUUCAAUUUUAAUAUUCAUCAGGAUCUCUACCAGCCUACCCUCAAAUUGAAAUUCUUUUAGGCAGAAUUAGAG